AUGUCGGCCCCUCCCUCAGGCCAUGCCCGCUCUCCAGGCAUGUCCAUCAUGUCGCUGCUGUCAGAUGAUAACAACUCCACCAACCAGACACCAGGAAGCCCAUUAGCAUACCAGCAAUCGCCUCCCCAACAUCCACAUCCGCAUCAGCAGCCGGGCCCUCCGCCCCAGUAUGCCACCACCUUUAGCUACUCGCAGAUUCAGCCCAGACAGGGCGACUACCCACUUCAGCAGCAGCAGCAGCAACAGCAGCAGCACUAUCCGCCUCCACAACAGCAGCAGCAAACAUAUCAGACCCAAUACCAACAACCGCCAUCGCAAGUGUCUCCUCCCGUCCGGGCGCAGCAACCACCUCAGCCUGCGGCUCCUGCCCCUCCGUCCAAAACAGCUUCUAGUCCGGCUACCCCUGCUACACCUGCCACGCCGGCAGCGGCACCAACUACGGCGGUGGGAAAGAAGGCGGGCAAGGCGGCAUCCACAGCAGCGACAGCAGCGGCAAAACCGACAGCUACCACGGCAGCAGGGAAACGGAAGAAGGCUGACGACCCAGCAGCGCCAAAGAAGGGAAAGAAGAAGCAAAAGAAGGAUGAUCAGACACAGCAGUCGGUGGGAUCCAUUCCUAUUGUCACUGGCUCCGACGACAAGGUGACGGCAAGGCCCAAGGAAAAUAUUCCUCCUCCUCCUUCAGUGCCCAUGUCGCCAGGCAAGAAACAGGCCCAGGGACUGGAUGCCAUUGGGCAGAACAAGGACGCCGGUCGAGGCUCCAAGCCGGAGGUGACUCUGCGACUCCGAAUCCGUCUGGCUGGAGGAAACGUCAAGGUCAAACCCUCACAGUCUGUUCUCAAGAAGGCCGACAAGUCUGCUGCGUUGCCUGAACCCAAACAGUACGUGAUUGAUAACGAGGAGUACGACUUUUACUCCACUCCAGACAAGGCCAAUGACUGGACCGCAUCAGCUGAUGAUACCACUGUGCUCAACUUCACCCGAUUGGCUGAGGACAAGUACGGAUACGAUCAUGUGCACCCCAACCAGGCUCUUGAUCUCGUGGACGACGAUGGAGAGGUGGAGGACGACGACGAAGAGGAAGAGGACAAGGACAAGGAAAAGGAAGAGAAGGAAAUGAAACGGCGACAGCGAGUGGAGGGUAAAUACGAUCUUAACGAUCCCUUCAUUGACGACACAGAGACUGCAUGGGAAGAACAACAAGCAUCAACUCAAGACGGCUUCUUCGUGUACUCCGGGCCACUAAUUGAAGAAGCUCCCAAGCCGGUGGAGACCAAGAAGCCUGCCAAGAAGCCUGGUCCCAAAAAGAAGACUCUGGCGGCAAAGGAAACUGAAUCCAAGAAGAAAACCACCCCUCUCGCCUCAGCUACUACAUCAUCCACAACCUCAACAACAGCUAGCGCUACAACCACUACCACCCCAGCAACAGUUGAGAAGAAAGCAUAA